AGGAUGAGGCUCCCAAUCAGCUCCCUGGUUGCAAGAUUACUUUCAGCCUUCUACCCUCCAGGAAUGCUACUUGAAUGUUUCAGCUGCAUGGGAUGUGGAACUUCACUGCCACCCAGUGCACACCAAGCCCCUGUCCUAUGGAAGAAGCUGCACAGGGCCCAGAUAUUUGUAAGAAAAACAGGAUCCAGCCUGGGUUCUAUAAUUCAUGCCCACCCAUAGAGGCAGUCGAAGUGAUGUCCUCCGUACCCUUGACGGUUCUGGGGGUCCUGCUGUGGCUGGAACAGGCUGCUGCCCGCGUCCUGCUUUAGAAGAGGGCUGGCAUCUGCUGACUUGAGCAUGCUACUCUUCCUGCACGGAAUCUGGUCGGCAGCCCUGAACGGAGACCUGGGCCGAGUGAAGUACUUAAUCCAGAAAGCGGCGGACCCCAGUCAGCCUGACUCGGCUGGCUACACGGCUCUGCACUACGCCAGCCGCAACGGGCACUAUGCUGUGUGCCAGUUCCUGCUGGAAAGCGGGGCCAAGUGCAAUGCCCAGACCCACGGGGGUGCCACUGCCCUGCACCGGGCCAGCUACUGUGGGCACACUGACAUCGCCCGGCUGCUGCUGUCGCACGGGUCCAACCCCAGGCUGGUGGACGAUGACGGCAUGACCAGCCUGCAUAAGGCUGCUGAGAAGGGUCACACGGACAUUUGCUCCCUCCUGUUGCAACACAGCCCAGCCCUGAAGGCCGUCCGGGAUCGGAAGGCACGACUAGCCUGUGACCUGCUGCCCUGCAACAGUGACCUGAGGGACCUGCUGGCCAGCUGAACUGCCACCUGCAGUCUCAGGCUGCAGGCGAGGGGACACAGACCAGCUCUCCCAGCCCUCGCCCUGGUCAGCAUCUGUGUGCAGGGCGGGGAGCCGAGGCCGGAAGACCCAGGAGGAGCCCCCGUUCUGGCCCCUGAGGGAGUGAGGGAGGAGGUUUGGUGGGGCAGCAAGUGCUUCAGCCUGGCCAGAUGCUCGUAGUCUAAAUGAGCUCAUGUGGAGGCAUCUGUCCGUUUGGAAAAAAUAAAAUUAUAUCCUUACCUUAUCCCACACACAAGGAUAAAUUUCAAGUAGUUUAAAGACCUGAAUAUAAAAACAGAAAACCAUGUAAGCAUUAGAAGAAACUGGAAUAUGUGACAAAUGAAAAGCUCUGUCUAGCCGAGUGACCUUGGUCCAAGUCACUUUCCCUCUCUGUCCCGUGUCCUCAUCUGAGAGGAGGGGCUGCCACGAGACCGUGCAGGGGUGAGAUGAGUGAGGCUGUGGAGAGCGCUGGAGACAGUGCCGGGCACUUUGCAGACAGUGUAUAAGAGCACCCACUUCCCCCAAACCUCAUCAGUGCUCGCGUUUCUCCAUAAUUUCAUUAAUUUUAACAAUCUGAUAGCUAUUGCUUUGUUCUGUUUUGCAUUGCUACUUGCUAGUGAGGCUGAACACCUGUCUUCUGUGAACUUCUUGGCCCAUUUAAAACUUUUUUCUUUUUUGAUUUGUAGGAGUUGUUUAUAUAUUCUGGAUGUUGAUCCUUUGUUUAUAUAUAUAUAAAAAUACAUAAUUUUUUUCUUUCUUCUUUCA